AUGAAUGUCAAUUUGAAAAUCGGUUUUCUGGUGUUGUGGGCCAGCAGCAUCAUGCUCCCGCUCGCCGUUUCGUCUACCAAGGAACUUCUCGAGUGCCGGGCGAAUUUGACCGCGGCGAUCAGAAACGACACCACGUUCCUGAAGAAAGUUCGCCAGGCGGAUUACAUCUUCACCGGGAAAAUCAAGGAGAUGAAGAACGGACAGUUGCACGUGCGCGUGAAGAGAGCGAUCAAGGGUGUGCUGAACGCUACCCUAGAUCUCACGCUGAACGACACAUGCGGCCACUACAUACGGCGCAGUUACACCGGCAUAUUCAUGGCGCGACGUGGCGAAUCCGAAAUCGGCGAUCUUCGACACGUAGGCAAAAUCGUGAUGCACUUCGGCCCGGUGCCUCUUACUCUCGCCAAUCUGGACAGGCUCAACGCUGCUGUCAGAGUGAACCUUAACUAA